UAUGGUUGAAAACGGAUCGGGCAGCUAUGCCGCGGAGGAGCAGCCGAGGCGGAGUAUGUAGGAGCUUAUAGCAGUGCUGUCCGCAGGCGCUGAAAGACACCGGCCAGUCAACAAAGAAAGCGGAGAUAUUCGGCGAAGAACACGAUAAGGGCCUCUUUUAAAUUUCUUCACAUUUGUGCUAGUCGACGAAUUUUCUGGGUAGUGAGUGCCACAUCUUCAGCAAUGUUUCCAGCCGCGUGAACGCAGGGAAUUUAUUCCUCCUUUUUUAUUUGCAUUUAAUAAAACAACCAAACAAUGCACGGGGUCGCAAUGAUUUUGUUAGCAUUCGGUUCUAGAAGACAUUUGAACAAUCUUUGUCAAGAAUCGCUUUGCUUGCACUUCAUUCUGUGGAUUUUAACGUUAUGUGCGGUCCACGCAGAGGAGCGACCGUUCAGUGUUGAGUCAUGGCUCCAGCGCUAUGGUUACCUGCCUCAGUCGGACCCGCGCGUGUCUCUGCUGCGCUCGGCGGAGACGCUCCAGUCGGCCAUCGCUGCCAUGCAGCGCCGCUACGGGCUCCCUGUGUCCGGGGCACUGGACCAGAACACCAUCGACGCUAACACACUGAGCUGGAUGAAGAAGCCUCGAUGUGGUGUUCCCGAUCAGUUUGGGGGUGCUUCCAAAUUUAAUGUGCGGAAACGACGCUACGCCUUAACAGGACAAAAGUGGCAGCACAAGCACAUCACAUACAGCGUAAAGAACUUCACGCCAAAGGUGGGGGAGAAAGAGACCCACAGCGCCAUCCAGCGGGCCUUCCAGGUAUGGCAGAAUGUGACCCCGCUGCGCUUUCAGGCCGUGCCUUACCGGGAGCUGGAGCGAAGCAAGCGCGACGUGGACAUCACCAUCAUCUUCGCCUCUGGUUUCCACGGUGACAGCUCGCCAUUCGACGGCGAGGGCGGCUUUCUGGCGCACGCCUACUUCCCCGGGCCUGGCAUCGGCGGGGACACGCACUUCGACUCAGACGAGCCUUGGACUCUGGGGAACCCCAAUCACGAUGACGUCCACACAGGUAAUGACCUGUUCCUGGUGGCGGUGCACGAGCUGGGCCACGCCCUGGGCCUUGAGCAUUCCAACGACCCCACGGCCAUCAUGGCGCCCUUCUACCAGUACAUGGACACCGAUAACUUCCACCUGCCCCAGGACGACCUGCUCGGCAUCCAGAAGAUCUACGGACCCCCAGACAAAACCACCCAGCCCACACCACCCCUAACCACCGCUCCCGCUCCCCGCACUCACCCGCGCCCAGACCCCCGCAGGGACUACCCACAGACGCGGCCUCCCCCCAUCCCGCCGGCUGACCGCCCCACCAACCCCAAUGGAAAACCGUUCAUCUGCGACGGCAACUUCAACACGCUGGCCAUCCUCAGACGCGAGAUGUUUGUGUUCAAGGACCACUGGUUCUGGAGGGUGCGUGAUAAGGCGGUGAUGCCAGGCUACCCAAUGCUCAUCAGUAUGUUCUGGAGGGGGCUGCCAUCCAAGAUCGACGCCGUGUAUGAGAACGGCGAGGGCAAGUUUGUCUUCUUCAAAGGGAAGCAGUUCUGGGUGUUUAAGGACACCGUGCUGCAGCCUGGUUACCCGAAGGACAUCACCCAGUUCGCCCGUGGCAUGCCCUCUCAGAGCAUCGAGACGGCUGUGGGCUGGGACGACGUGGGCAAGACGUACUUCUUCAAAGGAGACAGGUACUGGAGAUUUAGUGAGGAGCAGCACACCAUGGACCCUGGUUACCCCAAACCCAUCACUGUCUGGAGGGGCAUCCCAGAGGCACCGCAGGGCGCCUUCGUAGACAAAGUCAAGGGCAUCACCUACUUCUACAAGGACAAGGAGUACUGGAAGUUCAACAACGAGCUGCUGCGCGUGGACCCGGGCUACCCACGGUCCAUCCUCAAGGACUUCAUGGGCUGCGAGGACCAGCCACCGCGUCGGGACCCGCCACCGCGCCGGGACCCGUCGCCAACGGACGACGUGGACCUCGUGAUCCCGCUGCCGCGGCAGGACGAGUCGGUGCUGCUGGCAGCCGUGCUGGUGCCCUGCAUGCUGGCGCUGUGCGUGGCGGCGCUCGUGGCCAGCAUCUGCUACUUCCAGCGGGCGGGCACGCCGCGUCACAUACUCUACUGCAAGCGCUCCAUGCAGGAGUGGGUGUGACCGGGGGGGGGCUGUGCCAAUCAGAGAGAAGAAGACGAAAAACGACGUUUCCUGGCCUUUUGGGAGGGAAAGGGGGCUUAUAGCUGACGGCCCCUCCCGAGAGAGGAGGGGGCAACAACACCCAAAUACCCCCUGCACCCGACCCUCCCUUAAA